AUGGAUGAAACACGAGGGCAUGGAAGGGGUUCUUACAUUUGGGGCAGGAAUUAUGGACAGGUACACAAUAUACGUAUUGAGAGAUUAUGGGUUGACUUCACACAGGGCAUUGGUUCCAAGUGGAAGAGUUUUUUUCAAGACCUCGAGGCCACCAGCGGCCUAGACGCCAAUAACAUUCACCAUAUCUGGUUGCUCCAUUUCCUGUUUCUUGAGACAUUGUGCAAAGAGGUUCAUGGCUGGGCCGAGGCAUGGAAUAAUCACCGAAUGAGCAUCCCUGAGCAUGGCAUGGCCAGUCCUCACGAAAUGUGCUUCUUUAGCAUGCUACAGCAUGGUGUGCAGGGAUUUCAAGAUACUGCUACAUUUCAACCGCCAGAGGAGAUUCUCCAAGAUGACAAGGCCAUUGCAGAGUAUGGCAUUGAUUGGAAUGAUGUCGAAAAUCAUCAUAUUCGUGCACAUCACCAUACAGCAAACCAACUCAUACAUGAUCCUCUUGGCAACAAUCCAUUUGUCGCGUAUACACCAGAGACUCUCAACAAUGUUCAAGUUGACGAGCCAAACUGCCCACUUACACAGGAACAGCUCCUGUAUCUUCAGGAGGUUGCAGCUCAGUUUGUAGAUGAUGGAACAGAUAUUGCGAGGUGGAAUAUCUGGGAGAAUGCAUUAGCAUUAUGUAUUCAACACUAA